GUCCCACGGGAUGGGCGCUGCCAGGGGCUGCUCCCACACGGCUGGGGGCCCUCUGCGGCACCCCCAGGCCACGGGCAUCCCUGGCCCCGGUGCCAGGCUGUGGUAUGUGGCGGUGCCCAGCCCCGGCUCUGGAGCCCCUGCCAGGAGAGGAGGAGGAUGAAGAGAAGUACAAAGACGAGGAGGAAGAGGAGGAUGAGGAGGACAUGGCGGGGGACACCGAGAGCAUCCUGUGCUAUGAGCAGCACAUCGCCGAGCUGCUGGCCACGGCGGCACGGCUGCACCAGAGAGCUGAGCAGCUGCAGCACCACACACCCAGGGAGGAUGAGGAGGGCUGGCAUGGCAGCACCAGCCUCCCCGCUGCCAGCAAACAGCCCCAGCGCCUCCACAGCUCACCUGGUAUCAGCCUGGAAGGCCCCGACCUCUUUGCAGAGCUGCAGGACGCCGUGAGCUCUCUGGAGCGAACCGUCUUCUCCCGGCACCGGCAGCCACCAGCACAGAGGGUGCCCGGCGAGGAGUGGGCACGGGCAGCCAAGAGCCUGGAGGAACUGGCCCAGACACCGGGCUUGGCUGGGAAGGCAGCACACGGGGGUCUGGAGGAAGGAGCCGGUGAGGAGGAGAAAGAGUUGGCAGCGAGAAACGCGGCGCUGCGGGCGACCCUGGGGCAGCGGGAGGAGGAGCUGAGGCGGCUCACGGCCUCGCUGCGGGUGCUGUGCGGGGAGCGCGACCGGCUGCAGCAGAAGGUCCAGGAUCUGAGGGAUGCUCUGUCCAGGCUGGAGGAGCCGGGGGGCUCUGGCAGUGAUACCCCCGGGCUCGGCAGCCCCCCAGAGCCCCGGCUGCACCAGGACCUGCUCCAGUGCGGUGACAGCACCCAGCCCCACAGCCCGCUGUCCCCACAGCCCUCAGAGGGUGCAAGCCGUGAGCACACAGAGCACAUGCAGCAGCUUCAAGAGUGCCUGGGGAGGCUGCAGGAGGUGAACCGGCAGCUGGCAGCGGCGCUGCAGGAGUACAAGAGUGAUGCCGAGGGGCUGAGCAUGGCGCUGGGGCAGCACGAGUCCCGCAGCACCGCCCUGCGCCUGGCCCUGCGCUGCAGCGAGCGUUGCAUGGGCGCCUACGCUGCCCUCCUGGAGCUGAUGUGGGCGAAGGCGGGCAGGGAGGAGGAGGAUGGUGGCCGUGGAGGAGCCACGUGGGAGCAGAGCCCAGCGUGUGGAUGGGGGUCCAGCCCCACAGCACCGGAGGGGCCGCAGCCCCUGCGCCCAGCGGAGCCGGACAAGCAGGAGCAGAGCAGGAACAUCAGCUCCCCAGGGCUGCAGAGCAGCAUCUCCACAGCCCAUGGGAUGGAGGAGAGGGCUCUGCGUGAGCAUGUCCGCCGGCUGCGUGCGGAGCAGGCGGCUGUGGAGGCGUCUCUGCACAACACCCCAGUGCCCACCAGUGCCCACCACAGCGAGGAGACCCGAGCCAGGGCUGAGCAGGUGCUGAGGGAUGCCAGGGCUCUGCUGCCCGGCUGGAAGAGGCCAGAGAAAGAAGAGCUGCUGCAGGAGCUGCCGAUGCACAAGGAAGCCAUGGCUGACCUGAAGAUGCAGCUGCAGCUGGUGGAGAAGGAAAAGAGGGGCCUGGAGGUGCUGGUGGCCGGGCAGGGCCCUCGGGAAGCUGCGCUGCGCCUGCUGCUCCAGCACCUGCAGCAGGAGCUGGAUGAGGGGCUUGGAAACCCCCACAGCCCGUCCAACAGCUCCAGCAGCAGUGAGGAGGAUGCCCAAACCGCCUGGGUGGGAGCAGCAGCUCCCCGGCACCCUCCGGACCCGCAGAGGAUGAGGGAAGAGCUGCUUCGCACCCUGUCCCGCACAGAGGAGCUGCGUGCCCAGGCAGGGGCUGUGGCUGUGGCCCUGGAGCAGAGCAGUGCCGCCAGCCGUGUGCAGCAGGCUCAGUGCUUGGCCCUCACCACGGACUCCUUCCACGCUCACAGCGGGCUGGCCGUGGCGUACCGCGGUGCCCGGUGGAAGCAGGCGGCACAGCUGCGGCGGCUGGAGGCCCAGGCGGGCGCCCUGCGCCGGCAACACGCCCGGCAGGAGCAGGCGCUGGCACACAGGCUGCAGAGGCUGCGGCGCGGCGCGGCGGGCAGCGAGACCUGCAUCUAGAGGCACCUCCUGGCACCCCCAAUCCCCCUCCUGCUCCUCCACAGCUCCUGCUGGGCUCCAGGGACAAUAAACCACUGAUGG